ACAUUUUUUGAUUGAGUUGCACUGCUCAUGUAUUACUUUAAAGAUUGAUUCAUAUUGCUUGUUUGCAUUAAUGACCAAUGCUGCAUUGUAUUUACUCACAGAUAAUGAGUUUUUCUUGAUACAAAUUGGAAAAUAGCCACGAUUUUAAGGAAUGUUAUGUGAGAGCUUUCUUUGGACUAUUGCCUAUAGAAAUCACUUUGAUAAUGAAAGUUUAACAACAAUAAAACAAGAAGAAAAUGAAAGAGUGAGAGAAAUGACUGCUAUCUGUAACAUGGCAGGCACAGUGCCAGAUAUGCAAGACAAGACCAUUCUGGAUAGAUGUAAGAAUUUGGGCAAUACUAUAUCUUCUGUCAAGAUUAAGAAACAAAGCAAAUCAGUUCAAGACAUUCCCCCCAAACUGCCUAAAGCUCAACAAAGCAUCAGACAGACAUCACCUGUUGUUGAUAUCCCAGUAAUUUCUCACAGCAACAAAGAAGCAUACUUGGUUCCCUCCUCUUGCAAAAGCAUUUGCAAGGACUACAAUGACUUGCAUAUUGCUGGUGACCAGGUUAUGCCAAUUAAUUUGACUCUUUCUGAACUGUCAACUGACAAUACCUUUGAAUACACUGAUGGUCCAUUUCUUCAGUCUUAUGAAAUCCCAAUUCCAGCAACAGAAACUCCCAGGCCUUCUCUUGAUUACAUAAAGAAACCCCUGAAAGGAGAUUCUUCAUGUUGGCGAGUGAACAGCAUCAAGGAUAAAAGCAUUCUUCAAGAUAGUCUUCCAAUGUCCAAUUCCAUGCUGAACAAUUACCUGGAGCAAAAAAUAAUGGAGUUGUACAAGCAGUAUAUGAUGGAAAGUAUGCUCAAUAGCAACUCACCAGCCAAGAUCAUGGCUUCAGAACUGAUCCUCAGUAACGUGGACCAGAUAACUUUACAGAUCUCAAAAGAUCAGAACAUGGAGACCACAAAAGCCAAAGAUAUGGUUAUUAGCUGCUUGUUAAGGGUUGCAAGCAGCCAGCAGUCAAGUGAAUUAAGCACUCCUCAGCUGCAGAUUUCUAGUGAUAAAAGUAUAACUAGUUAAAAGGUGUUUGAAACUCUCAACAGUACAAAUACAUUUUUAUAAAAUAUCUGAGGUAUACAGUAUACAAAUAUCACAGCACCAGUAACGCGCACUGCACGAUAACAUGGAGUGAAUAUACUUGACAGUUUUCAUACUAUUUCUCUGUACAUUUAGCAUUUGUUUACUCAGCGGUUGAUGCGCUUGCUGCUUCCUGAGCAGCUCUUCUUUUCUC